UGGAUGGAUGGCCUUGGUCUCUGAAGGCUGUUGUGCAGUUGGUCUUGAGUGUAUGUUGAACACAUCCCAGAGGGAGCUGGUGCUGCAUAGAAGACUGCUGGUGGGCAUGAGCCCAAGGAAAGCUUGGGAAUAUAGACACCUGCUUCUUUCACAGCAUACGGAGUGGCAUUUAUUGGAAGAGUUUGUGAGACCUUCUCUCUGCCCGCAGCUCCAGGAUCAAUGCGUCUUUCCAGCACCUUAAACCACUGAGCCCCAGUUACAGAAGACUUGUCCUAUCACCACCAUGAGCUCUGAAUGCGAUGUUGGUGCUUCCAAAGCUGUGGUGAAUGGUUUGGUACCGGGCAGCAAUGGGCAAGACAGAGACACGGAUCCUACAAAAAUCUGCACUGGGAAGGGAGCGGUGACUCUCCGGGCCUCGUCCUCCUACAGGGAGAUCCCAAGCGGUAGCCCUGUGAGCUCUCGGGAAACCCCGCAAGAGGAAAGGAAACCAGUUCUGGAGUCAGAGAAUUCCUCAGCAGAUGAGUGGAGGCUUCCUUCCAAUGCUGAUGCCAAUGGAAACGCCCAGCCCUCUCCACUCGUUGCCAAGGGCUACCGAAGUGUGCAUCCCAACCUUCCUUCCGACAAGCCUCAGGACUCAAGUCCUCUACUAAAUGAAGUUUCUUCAUCGCACGUUGGAACUGAUUCCCAGACCUUUGCACCAGUUAGCAAGCCAUCGUCUGUCUACCCGUCCACGACAAUUGUCAAUCCUACUAUUGUGCUCCUGCAACACAAUCGAGAACAGCAGAAACGACUCAGUAGCCUUUCAGAUCCUGUCUCGGAAAGAAGAGUGGGAGAGCAGGACUCAGCACCAACUCAGGAAAAACCCACCUCCCCUGGCAGGGCUGCUGAGAAGAAGGUGAAGGAUGACAGCAGGCGGGUGGCAAAGAGCACUCAGGACCUAAGCGAUGUUUCCAUGGAUGAUGUGGGCAUCCCACUCCGGAACACCGAGAGAUCAAAAGACUGGUACAAGACCAUGUUUAAGCAGAUCCACAAACUAAACAGAGAUGAUGAUUCAGAUCUGUACUCUCCUCGAUAUUCCUUUUCUGAAGACACAAAAUCUCCCCUUUCUGUGCCUCGCUCAAAAAGUGAGAUGAACUACAUUGAUGGUGAGAAGGUAGUUAAGAGGUCGGCCACGCUUCCCCUCCCGACCCGCUCUUCCUCGCUAAAAUCAAGCCCAGAAAGAAACGACUGGGAGCCCCCAGAUAAGAAAGCGGAUACAAGAAAAUACCGUGCAGAACCCAAAAGCAUUUACGAGUAUCAGCCGGGCAAGUCCUCCGUUCUGACCAACGAAAAGAUGAGUCGGGAUAUAAGCCCAGAAGAGAUAGAUUUAAAGAAUGAACCUUGGUAUAAAUUCUUUUCGGAAUUGGAGUUUGGGAAACCGCCUCCCAAAAAGAUAUGGGAUUAUACUCCUGGAGACUGCUCUAUCCUUCCUAGAGAGGAUAGAAAGACUAAUCUAGAGAAAGAUCUCAACCUCUGCCAAACAGAGUUAGAGGCAGAUUUAGAAAAAACGGAGACGCUUAAUAAAGCACCCAGUGCAAACCUGUCACAGAGCUCAGCAGUCAGCCCCACUCCGGAAAUUUCUUCAGAGCCUCCUGGAUAUGUAUAUUCUACCAACUUCCACGCGGUGAAGAGGGAAUCAGAUGGGGCUCCCGGGGAUCCUACCAGCCUGGAGAAUGAGAGGCAGAUUUAUAAAAGCGUCUUGGAAGGAGGAGAUAUCCCUCUCCAGGGCCUGAGUGGGCUCAAGAGGCCAUCCAGCUCGGCCUCAACUAAAGUGGAUCAUAAAGGUGGGAAUGCUCACAUGAUUUCUUCAUCUUCAGUUCAUAGCCGAGCGGUUCACACUAGCAGUGCGUUAGGCCCCGGGUGUAAACACAAGAAACCCCUGUCCGCUGCGAAAGCCUGCAUUUCGGAAAUCCUCCCCUCCAAAUUCAAACCCAGGCUCUCUGCUCCCAGCGCUCUUUUGCAGGAUCAGAAGAGCGUGCUGUUGCCAUCAGAAAAGGCUCAGAGCUGUGAGAACCUUUGUGUCUCGGUUCCUCUGAAUGAUUCCAAAAGAGGCCUCCCCCUGCAAGUGGGGGGCAGCGCGGAGAACCUGCUCGUGCGCUCCCGGCGGGACUACGACGGCAGGUCGAGCAGCACCAUGAGCCUGCAGGAGUUCAGCACCAGCACCAGGAGGCCCUGCCCACUCUUGAGGAAGGCUGGCCCGCAGUUCACCAUGCUCUACCGAGAUAUGCACCAGAUUAACCGGGCCGGCCUCUUCCUGGGGUCCGUCUCCUCCUCCAGUGUGCGGGAUCUUGCCUCCCACUUCGAGAGGAGCGGCCUGGCGUUGGCCAGGGGCGAGCUGGGCCCCAGCCAGGAAGGCUCGGAGCACGUCCCCAAGCACACCGUCUCCUCCCGCAUCACAGCUUUCGAGCAGCUGAUUCAGCGGUCCCGGUCCAUGCCGUCGCUGGACCUGUCCGGCAGGCUGAGCAAGUCCCCCACGCCCAUGCUGGCCCGGAGCGGCCUAACCUCUGCCCGCUCGGCCGAGUCCCUCCUGGAGUCAACCAAGCUCCGGCCCAGGGAGGCGGGCGGGCUGAACCCUGGGGGCAUCUACGCCUCCCCGGCGUGUAGCCGGAUGGCGGACCCCACCUUGGGCUUCAGGGGCCUCGUGCCUUCCGAGCCGCUCUCCGCCUGCUCGGACGAGCUGGACCGCUGCUCAAACGUCUCCAGCGACAGCCGAGAGGGCAGCAGCGGCAGCGUGCAUGGAGACUUCCCCAAACACCGGCUCAACAAGUGCAAGGGCACCUGCCCGGCCUCCUACACCCGCUUCACCACCAUCCGUAGGCACGAGCAGCAGCAGACCUCCCGGCGGCCCGACUGGCGCCCGGAUCCCAGGGGGGACAAGGGCACGCUCCUCAGGAACAUCUACCUAAUGAGCCCCCUCCCUUUUCGGUUGAAAAAGCCCUUCCAGCAUUCCCCCAGACAGCUUUGUCCCGGGGACUUCUCGGGCCAGAAGCCAGACCCCCCCAGGGGGUCUCAGCCCCAUCAGGACGAGCCCCCCUCCGGGGGGAGGCCCUUGGUUCCCAGACGCCUGUCUUCCCGGCACACCAUGGCCAGGCUGAGCCGGAUCUCAGAGCCCCCUCAGGAGAGACCCGCGGCCCCGGAGGUCUGCCUGACGGCCUUUAGUAAUGGGAACUCUCUGCCGUACUCAGACCGCAGCCUGGACAGGAACAACAACCCCCAAAGUGAACUGGGAACGUCCCUCGGAGAUUCAGAAUCACCAAGGCAUUUUAUACCAGCUGAUUACUUGGAGUCCACAGAAGAAUUUAUUCGAAGACGUCAUGAUGAUAAAGAGAAACUUUUAGCGGACCAGAGACGACUUAAGCGUGAGCAAGAAGAAGCCGAUAUUGCAGCUCGACGCCACACGGGCGUCAUUCCGACGCACCAUCAAUUUAUCACUAAUGAGCGCUUUGGGGACCUCCUCAAUAUAGACGAUACAGCAAAAAGGAAAUCUGGGUCAGAGAUGAGACCUGCCAGAGCCAAGUUUGACUUUAAAGCUCAGACACUAAAGGAGCUCCCUCUGCAGAAGGGAGACGUCGUGUACAUUUAUAAGCAGAUCGAUCAGAACUGGUAUGAAGGAGAGCACCACGGCCGGGUGGGAAUCUUCCCCCGCACCUACAUUGAGCUUCUUCCUCCUGCUGAGAAGGCUCAGCCCAAAAAGCUGGCACCAGUGCAGGUUCUGGAAUAUGGCGAAGCUAUUGCCAAGUUUAACUUUAAUGGUGAUACACAAGUAGAGAUGUCCUUCAGAAAGGGCGAGAGGAUCACGCUGCUCCGACAGGUGGACGAGAACUGGUACGAAGGGAGGAUCCCAGGGACAUCCCGGCAAGGCAUCUUCCCCAUCACCUAUGUGGACGUGAUCAAACGGCCGUUGGUGAAAAACCCCGUGGAUUACAUCGACCUGCCUUUCUCCUCCUCCCCAAGUCGUAGUGCCACCGCAAGCCCUCAGUUUCCCGGUCACAGCAAGCUCAUCACGCCAGCCCCCUCAUCUCUGCCCCACGCCCACCGAGCCCUGUCCCCUGAGAUGCACGCUGUCACCUCUGAGUGGAUCUCGCUGACCGUAGGAGUCCCAAGCAGGCGGCCUUUGGCCCUGACCCCACCCUUGCCUCCUCUGCCAGAGGCUUCUGUCUACAGCCCUGAACCCCUGGCCUUGUGGGCGAGGCCCAGCUCCUCCCUUACCCUCAGCCUCCCCCGUUCGGGCUGGUCAGCCCGGGCCACCCCACGCUCAGUAGUCUCCCCGCUGGCCCUGCCUCCCCCGCACAAAGCCUGCUCCCUGGCGCCCGGUGCCCAGACCUCCCUCCACGCCAGCGGAGAUGGUGGUACCCACGUGCCACCUCCAGGGGUCCUCAAGGAUAGCUUCUCCCAGCUGAGGCUUGGGCGUUCGGACAGGGUCAUCUCGGAGCUUAGCGACGCCUUUAGCAGCCAGGGUGAGCAGCAGCCGUGGCGAGAAGGAAGUGGAGCACGUGAGAGGAAAGCAGACAGGGAGGCAGGUGAGAGAUGCCCGGGUGGACCCGCCAUCUCUAAGAAGAGCUGCCUGAGACCGUCAGACGUGGUCAGGUGUCUGAGCACCGAACAGAGACCCACAGAGCUCCACACCCCAGAGGAGAGCCGGCCCCGCAAGCCCUGGGGUAGCCCUUUCCCGGGAAGGGAGGCUGAGCCCUCAGAGCUGCAGAGAGGUGGCGAGCCGGCCGAGAGGAAGGCCGCUCGGACUGCUGCGAGCGAGCAACCUCAAGCCCAGCAGCGAAGAGUCACCCCAGACAGGAGUCAAACCUCCCAGGAUUUAUUUAGCUACCAAGCAUUGUAUAGCUAUAUACCACAGAAUGAUGAUGAAUUGGAACUCCGAGAUGGAGAUAUUGUUGAUGUCAUGGAAAAGUGUGACGACGGAUGGUUUGUUGGUACUUCAAGAAGGACAAGGCAGUUUGGUACUUUCCCGGGCAACUAUGUAAAGCCUUUGUAUCUGUAAGAAGACUGAAAACCACAGAGAUGAUUUUUAUUGGAGGAUGAAGCAUAAUUCAUGAAUUUGUCUAUUUAAACAUUGAGUCAGUAGGAAAACUGAUAAAGAAAGAAGAAAAAGAGAGGACAGAGAAGUGUUGCAUUUAAAACCUGAGCCUGUCUAAGCUUACUGCGUGUAUCAGACAGGGCUGAACCACGCAGAAAAGGAAUGAGGCAAGUUGGUAUUUACUUAGCUGCUUCUGGGAGCCACUCCAGCCCUGCCCUCUUCGCCCCCCACCCCCCACCCCACCUUGAGUAAUCUGACCUGCAGCGUGGUCCAGGAGCAGUUAGGCCAGAAAUGCUUGUUGCUGCUUCAGGCUUGACCGGCUUUGGCUCAAAAGUGUCGUUUAGCCUGCAGGAGCCCUCGGAGCACCAGGGAGAUCCCCAGCCAUCCUCCAAGGCGCCACACAGACUCCCCCAGUCGCCCCGGAGCCUGCCGGUCCCCUAGUGCUGUGAGAGACCAGUCAGGGCUGCCAAGGCGAUCCCUAAACAGUAGUGGAGACCCCAAACUACCCAAGGCCCAGUCCCUCCCUGGAGGUAGGUGGGGAAAUGGAGGUCAAAGUAGGCGCCCAGUGCAUUCAGCUUUGCCAUUGACACCCCCGGUGUUCAGCCAGAAAAGCACACAAGGUUUGCCCCUGGAGCGGGGUGGCCAGGCAGAUAGUUAAAUUUGUAUUUCCAGGUGAUUAAGUCAAGAAGCCCUGUAACUUGAGGUCCCUUGCAGCGGCUCCUUCCCCAUGUCACUGGCUGUUAUGAACGGUCGCCUUCAGGGCAGCACAGUUUCAUUGAGCAGAAUGCCAUUGCUACUCUCUUUCUUUUCUGGAUUGUUUUAGGCCAGGACAGUUUGGGGUUGACAGGCCUGUUCUCACAGAGAACCAAGGAUGGUGUUCAGUGACUCAUGUAACGUACACCAGUGUACACUGGAUGCCAGGGGCCACUGGUGAGCAAGGCACGCUCCAAGCCUUAGAGGAGGUUGGCCGUGUCUCCAUUUUCAUUCCCCAUAGGAGUCCAAGGACUACCCAAAACGUAGGAACCCAAGGUUAUGGAUCCUGACGCACCCUGUGAGGCUUCUCUUUAGAGCAGACGGUGCAGAUGCUGUGGCCCUAAGGGUGAGGCCAUGAUAUGCUGCCGCUCCCAGGAGGCCGGUCUUCUGUGGGGAACAGAGCCAAGGACAGAGGCUCCUGGGGGUGCCUGGGGUGUUCCGUCCCAACGUUAUCCAAUUCAAGGAUGCUUACUGGCCACUCUGUUAGACACCUUGGAGAGGGAACUCAGAGGUGGUUGGAGAGACAGACACACAAAAAUACUGAAUCAAGAGAGACUGUGAUAAGUGCUAAGAAGGGUGUGAGAGAGGAAGAGAUGAAUUUUCCCUGAAGGGACCCUAGAAAGCAUUGUCAUAUUUCUGUCUCCAUUAGCUCACCUUGAACAACUAGGAUGCUGGAAGAACCUUUGUCUGCAGGUGGUUUAUGGCUGGAAAUACUUGGAACUGUUUCCAGGGUCUUCAAACUCUCAUCCUGCCCACAAAUACACAUCCAAGGUCACAAAUAGGAGUAGCAGUCCCAGGUUGAUAGGGUGUGUACAGGAACCCUGACUCUUUGCACGUAGCUCAGAAUUGGCCUAGGACCCAUGUCCCAGAGUCUCUAUAAGCACGCAGAGCUUGUCUUCAGUGCCUCAGCUUCUCUCUCCACUACGCAUCUUAGGACCCCCAUCAGCUGCCCACCCCCGUCAGGGAGCCACAGUACCCUCACUCCCUGUCCUUCAAAGCAUGCUCUCAGGAAAGCAACUGCCACUGACUCCUUCACAGUCAAGUAUAAAUGACUGAUAAGAGGAAGGUGUUAUUUCUUCCCAGAAACACUGGUUUUUAACUAGAACAGAGCAGAGCCUUAAUCCCAAGGGGGAAAGGCUGUGGAACUAAUGGUGGAGGUGGGGCUGGGGCUAUAGGUGAGGGUGGAUGAGCUUCCUGGGUAGAAAGGGACUUCUUGAUAUUCCUUAAGAAAGACUCGGUGCUUUGGAAGGUCCACCUCACCAUCCAAGGGCACUCUGUUUCUGUCUCUCCUCCCCGCUCCGAAUCUAGUUCAAGUGCAUAUCCACAUGCAUUUCACACAGCAGCAUCACCCAUUUUGGAAUGUAUAUUGGCUAAUGUGUUUCCUGGCCUUUCUUAGAUGCAAACCAUUCAUAACACGAUCUUAUCUGUUUUUUGAGGGGUGCUUAUUGAUUAAGUAGGUAAGUUGGAACACCUCUUUAAAUACAGCUAGAAAAUAAACCAAUUUGUAAAGCCACACUUGCAUUUGAUGCCAGCCUCACGACUUUGUAUAUCUCCAGAAUCCCAGGUAUGCCUCACCAAUUUGCCCAUCUUUAAUAAACUCAUCUGUUAAAAUUUGCAUCAAACUUCAGCUUCCUACAUAUGACACAACAAGGAACAAAGGGUUCCAAUUGCCCCUUUGUCUUCAGACAUUUAAUAAUACAAAAUACCUAUUUUUAUGCCGAGAUAUUUAUACAGGUUUAUUAAUCGCAAGUGCAACUAACUGGCAGCAUGCCCUGCAACACAUUUUGAUAGAUUAGCCAUGCUUCUGGGUAAAGGCAAGCCCCACACUACUUAACUUUUGCAGUCUUUCUGGGAUCAGUAAGAGAAAAAAAAUCACAUGCUUAAGAAGUGGGACUGUAAAUAUGUAUAUUUAACUUUGUAUAGUCCAUGUACCUACUUUGUAUAGAAAAAUAAUUUUAAAAAUUUGAACCGAAGGGGGAGUAAAAUAAGGAAGUCAUGAAGUUUUUUUGCAUAUUUAAAUGAAGGAAUUCCAAAAUAACUUACCUGCAGAUUUUUAGCACAAAAAUAGCCCUUGUAAAGUGUUAUAAUUUUAAAUAAUCAUUCUUUCUGGGAGAGAAGAUAACUGUUAUCUCAAUUAUAGUGGUUUUUCUUAUUUUGUUUUUGAUUUUUUUUUUUUUGCAGUCCUGUUUAUCUGCAGUAAUAUUAAGGCCUAUUGCUAGAAUAGGUUACUACAAAAAAUAUUAUAUUCUGAAAGAAAAAUAACUGACAUUAUAUAUAACCAAUUAAAGUAUUGCCAUUUAAAUUAUACACCAAGAGCAUGUACUAUGCAGACACAGAUUUUUCUGUUCAUCUAUUUUUCUUUAUGCAGUGGAUCGAUCUGACAAAUAGAUGUUGAAUUAGUACAUUGGCUGUACAUGUUAUUUAAUAAACUUUAUUCAGAAUU